UUACGCGUAUCUUCUUUCUAGUAAAGAAUUUUCAGUUUAAUUUGAUUCUUUACUGUAGUAAACGUUGUGUCAUGGAGUGAAUAGUGCGUUACGUUUGUCAGAAAAAAAACAGCGUCAAAAUUUCAAACUUCAAAGUGUAAAUAAUAAAUUAUAAAAAUAAGGAGAUUUUUUUUCGAUCGGAGAAAAUUCGCGAAAUGAGUCUAUUUUUAAUAUGGCUGUGAAUUAUUAUUAUUGUCGUCGUACUAAUAUUGUUGUGUGGAAUUUCGGUGGAAAAUUUGUAUCGUUUGGUUGCCUUCUCAGAGUUGCAAGAUAUAUUUUAUAAGAACAUUGUAAAAAUGAGUUGAGCACAUAGCCCUAAGAGGGAAGGGCGGAAAGAACAGGUUGUGCUAUGUCCACUGGCGAAGAGGACAGAAUAGCAAGAUCUGUAGCUUUAGAAAAAACAUACGUUCAUGAUGUUUAUGACCAUAUGUCCGCCCUUCAAUAUCCAGAACAUAGAAAUACCACUCCGUGGCCGAAAGUUAAAAAGUUCCUCAACGAACUCGAGCCAGGAUCAAUCGUCUGUGAUGUAGGUUGUGGGAAUGGAAAAUAUUUGAAAGUAAAUCCAUCGAUUUUCAAAAUCGGAUCGGAUAGAUGUCAUAAGCUAACCCAAAUAGCGAAAGAUGACGAUAAUGAAGUUUUACUAUGUGAUAAUUUAACACUGCCAUUUCGAGAUGAGACUUUUGAUGCUGUUUUGUCAAUCGCUGUAAUUCAUCAUUUUGCUACGAAAGAAAGACGAGUUGGAGCAUUGCGCGAAUUAGCGAGAGUUUUACGUAUCGGAGGACGACUCAUGAUUACCGUUUGGGCCAUGGAACAAAAAGAUAGAAAGUUUGAAACACAAGAUGUUCUGGUGCAAUGGCAUCAUCCUCAGUUUUAUCGUAGCCCAUCGUUGGAAUUUUCCACAACAGCGACUGCCACCUCGGAAGAAGACUUUUCUGUUCCUUAUCGGAUGUCUCAAUCUCAUGUCUCGGAUGAUGCCGAUUCAGUAUUUUCUAGAUCAAGUAGUCUGCAGCAAGACAGUAGAACUGGUAGAUCUCGUUUACGUCUAUUUCAAUCACUGCGAUCGAUCAAAACAUCACCAAGCAGUUCUAGUCUAUCGAGUCCCAAUGAAACUUGUUACAGUUUUGUUAGAAAAGCAUUACAGAAACUUUCACGAAGCAGUAAGAAAGAUAAACACAGGUCUCGAGCAUGGUUUCUAGAAUCAUGGGCAUCAUUUGGCAAAGACGAUCAUCUCCCAGCCACUCGAUACGAUCCUGAAGGAUGCGAAGAAAGUGCUGAUAUCCAAGACCUGCCCAUUGAACUACGUCGUAUGGAAAAAGAAGAAGAGCCCAAGAAGGAGAAAGGCUCAGCAAUGAAAUCCCAAGAAGGAGGUCUCACUCAGAAAUCAAAAAGUUUAAACGAUAUUUUAUCUCAAGCUGCCAUAGCUCCUGCACCAAUCACUAGAUCACAUUCUGGGAUUGUGACAGUGGAUGGGUACAAGAUUAAGAUUAAAACCAGCGCUCCGAAAGUUGAAAUGGAUACUUUGAAGCCCAAGUUGGUCAAACAAAAGAAAUCCAUUUGUGAAGAAGAUUUUGAAUAUGAUGAAGAACGUGAUAAAGCUACUGAUAUGAAGAGACUGGUUAAAGAAUUGCCUAUUUUUAAAGUAUCUAUGGAGAAACCUGAAAAGUUCAAUGUUUUGAAGCAGAAAUCUCUCACUGAGGAUAUCAUGUCUGCAGAUAGGCUGAGAGAGAAGGAGAAAGUCCGACAAAAUAUUCAGAAACAGGCUUCUCUCAAUGAAGACCUCAUUUAUAGAAGGCAGCGCACCAUUGACUCAUUCAAAGAUACCUUUUUGACCAACUCGUCGAAAAAAUUCCAAAUGCUACGUAGUGGUCUGACCAGCAAGUUGAAAAACUCCACUACAAAUAUUGAAAAAGUAACUGGAGCUUCGCUAAAGAGUGGUUUUGCAAAAAUCUUUCACGGGUUAACUGGUGGAGAAUUGGUCACCAUCAGCGAACCUGUUCCACCCCAAUCACCUCAUCAUAUACCUCCAAGUGUUCGUAAAUCCAGUUCUGAAGAUCGAGGCGAUGAGUUCCCUAUUGAAAGGAGGUGCUCACACGAGGAAAACUCAGACUCAUCGAAAGAUAACAGUUUACAAAGUGAUACCAGUGUUGAUUCUGAGGACAGUAUAAUAUCUGUAAUAGAAAGAAUCAUACCAAAACCUGAGCAGGCCACUUCACCUACCAAACUGACCAGUCCCGGUCCUCAUUCUCCAAAACUGGUCUUGGGGGGUGUACUAUCACACCCAUCAUCUCCUAAAAUAUCCCAAGUUAUGCAAUAUCCAGCUUCUAAAACAAAGGCAUUUUCAUUACCAGCAUCUCCCAGGACUAUUGUGUUCUCACCCAGUAUCAAACAAACUUUCAAGAUACCACCAGUAGCCCAUAUACCACCAUCCAAUGGAAAUGGGUCCAUUUUAACUCCUAAUGGUAAAAUAUUAACUCCUAAUGGGACUUUACUGGUACGAGAAAAUUCUGCGAAUGGAAAUUCAUUCAAACCAUUGGUCAGUGAGGGUGAACCUAUCCUCAAGUUGUCCCCGAUGAAGCAAGUGACUGCUGCUAGGAUGAAAUCAUUUGGAGAUAAAGAAAUGCUACUUUUGUCAGAAAAACUUUCAGUAUUGAGUGCUAAGGAAACUGAACCAAGAGGAGAUGUAUGUGAAGGUGAUGAGAGCCAGAAAUCUGAUACAGAGCAGCCAGUAGCUUCCAAGGAACCAGUCAAAAAAGAGGAAUCUCCGUCCCGUGUGAAAUCAGGAGUGUUGAAGCCACCAUAUGCGUUAUCAAAGAAACCACCAAUCAGUCCUUAUGCAACAUAUCUAGCCCAUCAGACGCGUCUGCAAUCAUAUGAGUUGUUUAAUCCGGAAACUGAAGAUAUAGAUACUGAUUCAAGUGGUGUAUCAACUCCAGAUUCUGUUGGCAGUGUUAUCAGCGUUAAAUUAGAUAGUUCUAAUGGAACUCCAAAUAAUGAACCAGCCCAACCAGAAUCAGAUGACAUUCAGCUAGAUGACACAACAGACAGCUCAAUAUCCAGUCUUCCUCCAAUACCAAAACCCGGCACCUCAUCAGAAAGUAAACCAAUACCUUAUGACAGAAGAGAUCUACACUCCACAGAUAUCACCAGCAAUAACCAAACUCAAAUAGCCACCAUAUUCGAGACUGUAGCCAGUGUUGCAACUUCAUUGGAAAGCUCAGUUCAAAUAGUUUUAAAGGGUGAUCCAGACACCAUUACACCUGUAGAGCACCUUCGUCCAAAACGAGAAGACUCCAAAGAAAAACUCAUCAAAUACCCGUCUCUGUCUAAAUCACCUGAAGAUGAAACUUGGGAUAGGGAAUGUCGUCAGUACAUUGUCGACUUGGCUGAAAACCUCAGCGAAAGGUUACUAGCUGAAAUUGAUCGCUACAAAGAGCAAAAUAUCAAUAUAGAAAAAGAAUUCUUCAGCUUUUCUGCGAUGGAUGUUGAGGAUCCGUAUUUAACUAAACUUAGUGAAGAUCUUAGUCAUGUUUCAAAACUAACCAAAGAACUGAGUGAAGAUCUAGAAUCAAAACCAGAACCCGAUACCGAAGUUGAAACUGAACAAGCAGAGAGUUCAGAACAGGUGACUGAAAUCAAGAAAAUGGAUUCGAUCGAAGAGAUCAGUGAUGUUAUAUUGGAUUCAAAACCAGAUGAAUCAGAUAUUGAUUCAAAACCAGAUGAAUCUGAUAGCUCACCUAGAGAGGAUAAAACUAAGACCCCUCUUUUAUCAGAUUUGUCGACAGAUGCCGAAAGUCCAGGAAGUAUCACUGGUUGGCUGGAUUCUCGUCGAAAUACCAUCGAAUCCGGGUUUUGGAAAGAUCAUGAACCUGUCAGUGCUGCCCCAAAGCAGGAAGAAGAGCCAACCAAACCAGUUGUUAAACUAGAAGAACAGACUGUUGAAGUUACUGAAAUAGAAGAAACACAUAGAUUGAGCAUAACAAUCCAGACAACCGAGCGGGUUAGAAAAUUAAGUAAAUCAGAGAUCACUUCUCAAACACGUCUAUCCAUCGAGUCAACUGACACAGUCGAUGUAUCAGAAAGAACAGUCAGUAGCAGUGAAGAUAGUGCUUCAAAACGAGACACAACCCAGACUGAGACCAGCAGUGGCCUAUCCAUAGAGUCAGAUCUGUGUGAACUAGAAAAAAGUUCUGAUACAAGUAAAUCAACCGAAUACAAACACGAUACUGAUAUGAAAUACAGCGGUAGCCAAGUAUCGCUGCUUAGACCAGGGGAAUCAAUUGAAUCCAGUGAUGCUGGUGACAUCUCAGAUCGUACUGGCAGUGUGAGUGAUUUCAGUCGCCAAAACACCGAAUCACGAUCAGUGAUCACUCAAAGUUCCGCAUCCCUGGCAUCGUGGAGUGAUUGCAGCAAAGAUAUCCGGUUCGCUGACCGCAGAACAGCCAGAUGUGAUGGCCGUUCCUCUUCAGAGGAAACCAAUCCUAGAGCUAUGCUCACUAGACAACAAGCUGCCACUCAGGAACCAUCUGAGGUCAAGCUAGAGAGCACUGAUGCUUCAUUGAGUGGAUCAACAUCUCAAGACUCUCUUACCUCAGAGAGCGGUGGUGGAUCCAUUAUGUUCCAUCGUUACUACCAUGUGUUCAGAGAAGGUGAAUUGGACGCUUUGAUCGAAGAAUUUGUAGAAAAUCUGCACAUCAUAUCGUCCUACUAUGAUCACACCAAUUGGUGCAUUAUCGCUGAAAAAGUGCGAGUCUGGACUAUAUAGGACAUGGUUGAACCUUUUUUUAUACUACCGAGUUUCUUUUUAGGUAUUUUUCUACGUUGUAUGUCUCGCUGUUUUUUUUUCUUUUCCCAUUUUUCUUUUCUUUUCUCUGUAUGUGUUUAUGUAUCUUUAUUUUUAUCGUUGUUUUCUCGGUCAAUUCGUAUCAAGUUGGGAUCUUUCUUGUUGUAGAGUGGAAUUUUUGUUGUUGCUUGUGAUUGUAAAGGUAGAUUUUGGAGCUUGAGGAUUUCUAAUUUGUAAUACAAUAAUUCUACCCACCUUUCCUGUGACUUUCUAUCAGGGACUGAAAUGAUUAGGGGAAUCUGCACAGAAAAAAAUCUACAAAAUUGAGAGACUGAUUUCAUUUUUGGUUCAAGUCUGCCACAUUGAAAUACUGAACAAGUCAGUCAAAAUUAUUUAUGGGGAACUGAGUAUGCAAUUUUAUUAACACUCAUGUCUUACAGUUUGAAAUGAACUUCUUUAGGCAUUUUAGCUAUCUCUUCUCCCCUGAAGGUCUCCACAGGUUCCACUAGCCUAUUAAUGUUCUACAUUCCAAUAAAAUUGAAAAAGUAAGUGCAUACUUGUAAAAUUGAAGCAAUAGGAAUUCGAAUAAGUCCACCACUCUCAGGCUUAUUCGCACUUUUCCACAAAAAAGAUCGAUAACUUGGUCGAAUCAAUGGCCAUUAAUUGUGUUCCUAGUUAAGGUUCUUACCAUUUAGAUACUAUUUUCAUAUUUUCCAAUAUUAUUGUUUAAUAUUUUAAGCUCAAAGCUCUAUUCGUAUCUAUAGUUUUAAUAAUUUAAAAUCUGAUACUAAAUAAUUACGUACCUACGUGUUAUAAAAUAAUCUACCUAUACUGAUAAGAUAUAGCGAGAAGUACUUAAGAGAUGCCCUUUCUCCCCAUAAUAUGCUACCUACCUAUAUUCAAAAUUCUGCUACCUACCUACCUUACUCUAUAGAGGUAUAUUUUUCGAGUACCUAACUCUACCUAUCAUACCUUCUAAAAAUAUAGGCAGCUAUAUUCGCAUCAUAUCUAUUAAUUUACAUAGUCGCUGAUGGUACAUUUUACUACCUACUUUAUCGUACUAUUUACCUUUUUAGUUCUUUUUAUAACCAUUUACCUACCUACGUAGUCAUAACCCUUCAUAUCAAUUCGAAGUGUAUACAUUUUCCGCCUGCUCAACACGAUUAAAAAUUACGAGUGAGGUAUAUCAAGUUGUAUGGGAUUUUUUUCUUCAAAGGCUCUGGAAAAUUAUUUUACGACUCUUUUUCAAGGGGGUCUUCUGUUCAUUGAAAUUUUCUCAAAAGCCUACACCGUCAAGACUGAUGAAUGCAAAAAGAUAAAGAAUUCUUUUAUUUUAUAAUUGGUUGAAAAACUAUGUAAGAAAAAUAUUUCUCCCUUUUUUUAAAAAAAAGACUUUGUAAUUUCGAAUUACUCGUUACUCAACAUAUUAACUUAGUUUUUUAUUAUAUAUUUUUAAAGAGAUUUUUCUAUCGAAUUUUUAACUUAUACCUGUAAUACGUCGUGUCAUCAUCGUAUAGUACUAUUUAAAGACAAUUAAGUGUUGUUAUUAUUAUUACUAUUUUUUACGUAAAUUUCUUCGAGUUGAAUGUUAUCUACUAUACGUCUACGUAUAUUAUUAUAUUUCUCCCCCCCCCUCGGUCGUAAUAUUGUACUUAUUAGGUAUAAUUUUUCGUAUUAUAUUUAUAUAAAUUUAUUUUUAGAUCUCUUUCUAGCUAAACCUGGUGUUCAUAAAGCGGCCUUCAUGCCUGUAUCCAACUGGCCCCUAAACAUUGGCAACAUUUUGUGGGCGAAAUACGUAUGUAUGUACUUUGUGUAUUGGGGAAAAAAUUAUUCAACAUGUUACCAUAGAUAAUAUAUAAUGUAAUGGCAUUUUUAUAGGUAUUUUUUAUUCUCAAAAUACAUUAUACGAAUAAAAAAAAUAGGCAUUUUUAUCCAAAUAAAUAUAUACCUACCAGUCAGCUAUUUAGGAAGAACCCUUGUUAAAUAAAUUUCUUUCGUCGGUAGCUAUACUUACCUAAAAGUAUUACGAGUUAAUAUUGUAAAUAUAUUUAUUAAUAAAUACACAUAAAAAAAAAAUGUUUCUCUAUGUAUGUCUUCUGUACACUUCAACAAUCUAUAAUAGAAAUGUACUGAAAAAUUUUAUUUCUUUUUUUUUCUCUAUACGUACUUUUUUCUUAUAUCUUUGACCAAAUUUUUUAUACGUUUUUCUUUAUCUGUUAAUAGAUUAUAUAAACGAAUUGUUGUGAUUUUCAUCAUGUUUUUCCUUCUGUUGAGUAGCCUAUAUUUUAAUCAUAUUUUAU